AUGGAUAUUGGAAACAAAAUACCCAACCUUACAUCCCCAUCUGAAUUUCUGCUUCUAGAAUUUUCAGACAUCCGAGAAACACAGAUCUUAUAUUUCUUUGCAUUCCUCACUGUAUACUUGACGGCAGUGACUGGCAAUCUUUUGAUCAUCCUUACUGUAGCCCUGGAUCGUCAUCUGCGCACCCCCAUGUAUUUCUUUCUCAUGAGCUUGGCUGUUCUGGACCUUGGCUCAGUUUCUGUCAUGGUACCCAAAGCCAUGGCCAACUCUCUCAUGAACAGCAGGUCAAUUUCUUAUUCAGGAUGUGUAGCUCAAGUUUUCUUCCUCUUCCUAUUUCUAGAGUCAGAUGUUUUCAUCUUGACAAUAAUGGCGCAUGAUCGGUAUGUGGCUAUCUGCAAUCCAUUGCAAUAUGAGACAAUUAUGCACAGAGGAGCCUGCAUUCAGAUGGUGGUCAGUGCAUGGAUUGCUGGUAUACUUAAUGGUGUGUUACACACUGGAGGGACUUUUUCUAUCACCUUCUGCUCCAACAUGAUCGAUCAGUUCUUCUGUGAAGUCCCACAGAUUCUAAAACUUUCAUGUUCAGACCGGUAUCUAGUGGAAGUUGGUUUGAUUUUAUUUAGCUUAUUUCUUGGAAUAGGAUACUUCAUAUUCAUCAUUGUCACCUAUGUGCAGAUUUUUUCAGUGGUGCUCAAAAUCCCUUCUGUGCAUGGUCAGAAAAAGGCCAUCUCCACUUGCCUUCCCCACCUCACUGUGGUCUCUUUGUUUAUGUUUACUGCCAUUUUUUCUUACGGGAGGCCUCACAGUUACACUUCAUCUGACCUGAAUGUUCUUUCUGCAAUAAUGUAUGCUGUACUUCCUCCCUUGCUCAAUCCAUUCAUUUACAGCAUGAGAAACAAAGAAAUUAAGAUUGCAUUGCUGAAGCUCUCUUAUUGUAGGCGCUUUUCUAAAGCAGUUGCUUAG